AUGUCAAAUCAGUUGGAUGAAAAGAUUGAAAAAUCACUGGAUAUUUUAAAGGAGACAUUCCAAAAUUAUCAAUCAAAUCAAAUAUUCUUAUCCUUUAAUGGCGGUAAAGACUGUACAGUUUUACUGGAUCUAUUACUUAAACGGUGCUAUAUAAAUGAAUCAGAUAAAUUAGGUAUAAAAAUUAUAUACAUGAGACAAGUUGAUCCUUUUGAUGAGAUCGAGAGUUUUGUUAAGGAAUGUGAAAGCUAUUAUAAAAUAGAAAUUAAGGAAAUAGAGAUUUCAUCGAUGAAAAUUGCUUUAGCUGAAAUUUGUAAAAAUGAUCCAGAACUACAAGCUGUGCUAAUGGGUUGUCGAAAAAGUGAUCCAACAUAUAAAAAUCGUGAUGAAUUACAUUAUUUUGAGCCCACAGAUGGUGAUUGGCCUAAAUUGAUGAGAGUGAAUCCGUUACUUGACUGGUCUUGUAAAGAUAUUUGGGACUAUAUAAUUAGCCACAACGUUCCGUACUGUGAUCUGUACAAUAAUGGAUUCACAUCAGUUGGCAACAGAAAAAAUACCGUUCCUAAUCCACAUCUUCUUAAUGAUGAUAAGAAAACUUAUAGACCUGCCUUUGAACUUACUGAUGAUACUUUAGAACGAGCUGGUAGAUUAUGA